ACCCAAGUGGCGGCGCUCUCAUUUCGCUAAAUGCCAAUUUGAGCAAAACAGAUGGCAGACGAAUGUGUGUUCCAAAUGCGUUAGUCUGCUGCGAGAAGCUUUAUCAUCUAGUGCUAUUUUAGAACGAAAUUAAUUCGUAUCCGUCCGCCAGAAGAAGUAUAAAUUUGAGCAUAAAAUAAAAAUGACUACAUUUGAAAAUUCGCGAAAUUCAUAUUUAAAUGAAAAUGAUCGAAAACAAUACAACUAUGGUUCGUCUGACACAGAUGACACAGAAAAUGAGAUACCUUAUCAUGCCCGUGAACAUGCCAGACCUUUUACUUACGGAAAACUACCAAAGGGAUUUAAGAAAAGCGAUUUGAACCAUGUGCCAGUGGACGAUAUUCCGGAAACCCCAAAAGCAUUCAGUAAAGCAACAACACCAACUUCAUUGCCACCAAGUCCAACGGCUCCAAGGAAGCCUGCUCGACCAAGUGUGUCGCCGUCCAGACCUGUUCUAAGGAAAACGCCCUCCCGCCAAGAAUUUGAAGAGAUGCUAAGAGAACGUCAAGAACAGUCCCUUCGGGAGCAAAAUCAGGCAUUAAAAGAAGCUCAAAACGCUUCAAUUCAAAAGGAUUUAGAUGAGUUGCAGGAGAGGUUGAAUAAAAGUGCGUUACUACAAAUGGCUGAGGGCCAAAAAAAAGAAACUUUAACCACAGAAAAUACUUGCAGAGAAGUAGUAAAACUUGUGGAAACAAUUGACUUGCCCGACGAAAAUGCCAGCGCCAGUGACCCAACGCCAUCCAAUGCCAUUUUAGAAGCACCCUGCAGGCAUGAGCAGACUGUUACAGUCGUCGACGCCAAUAGACCAGAAACACCCGCCUUCCCAGUAUCCACAAAAUCCACAUUGGAGGACCGAUGUGUUAGUCCAUACCAGUUGUCAGCUCCGGGAUCGCCAAUUGUCCAAAGGGUCAAUUCUUUAACAAAUAAAUCGGGCGAGAAGAAACGUUCGCCACUAAAAUUGUCAGCAUUGCCAUCGAUCUUACCAUUGAAGUCCAAAGAGAAAAAACACACUGAAACACCACAAGACGUUGCCCCUCACUUGGUGAAAUUCGCUAGAGAUUCCUCAGAGUUUUGGUACAAACCACACAUGACUAGGGAAGAGGCGGUAACACUUCUUCGAUAUGCCGAACCAGGCACAUUCGUUAUACGUAAUUCCAACACAUAUAAAGGAGCAUUUGGAUUGGUGUUGCGUGUUGCCAAACCGCCACAGGGAGUCACAAUAGCUGAAAACAAUCCAAAUAGUGAUGUACUAGUCCGACAUUUUCUCCUGGAGCCCACUACUAGAGGCGUACGUCUGAAGGGAUGUGUUAACGAGCCAACAUUUACAUCACUCUCCGCUCUAGUAUAUCAACACUCAACUAACCAACUGGCUCUACCCUGCAGACUUAUAAUACCCACGCGAGAUAUACUUCUCUCCGAAGUAGACCGAGAAAUAGUCCAGAGGCAGAAACAAUUGCUGGAGCAGGGAGCUGCAUGCAAUGUCUUGCUCGUCUUCAGCAUGUACACAGAAUCGCUGACAGGCGACGAAGCCAUUCGUCGAGCCGUCCACGAAAUGUACGCCCAAUCAGCCACACACAAUCCAAUCGAAGUGCAUUUCAAAGUCUCGCAAAACGGAAUCACACUGACGGACAACAAGAGACGCUUCUUCUUCCGGCGCCACUACACCACCACUUCCAUUUCCUAUGUCAGUUUGGAUCCUGACAAUCGAUUUUAUGCCGUUCUAGCUAACGACGAGGGCUUAAAUCGAACCGUGAAGAAGACAAUAUUUGGCUUCGUAGCUCGACCUGCUGGCAGUCGUGAUAAUCAGUGUUUGGUCUUUUGUGACUUGGCCGCAGCACAGCCUGCAUCGGCGAUUGUGUCCUUUGCUCAGAAGAUAUUGCAUUUAAAUAAAAACGCCGAUCUAUUGUAGAUAAAAAUGCAUUAUACAAUACUAUACAUUUGGUAUACAUAUGUAUGUCUACGUUACUACGCUACGGAACCUUCUUAAUUCUUUCAAUUAACUGAGAGUGCUAAUUACCCAAUAACUGACGUACCCCUUGACGUGUUUCACCAUACAGGUUAAACGCAUAUAAUUAUAUGAAUGUUGCCGGAAUACAUCAAAUAGCGCAACCUACAAUUCCUACUUCCCCACUGUGGUAAAAUGUUUUGUACAUCCGUAUUACUACGCCUAGUCCAUAUCUUGAAAUAUCUCAAUUUCAAAUUAUAAUUUCCAAUUAGAAACAUUUACAUUUUUAUACCCUACAGCACUAUGUGUUAGGGGUAUUAUAUGUUUGAUUUGGCCAAAAAUUAUGUAACACCUCGAAAUAUUGGUUUCCCACAUAGGAAAGUAUAUAUGGAUCUUCCUAUCUGGCCGAGCUGAGUCGAUCUAGCUAUGUAUGUCCGUCCGUCCGUCUAUCCAUGUUAAUUUGUAAUCACUCUACAGGUCGCAAUUAUGGUCCGAUCUACACGAAAUUUAAAAUGGAGGUGGGGCUAGGGUCAGAAUAGAACCCUAUUUCUUUUGGGGAUGAUCGCAUAAUAUUUAGGGGUUGAAAUGGACCAAAAACUGAAAAAACUGGGUGAAAUAGACCAUAACAUUUGUGUUAAAUUAAAAUCAAAUUUUCCAUUAUACCGCGAAUAUUUUUAAUCCCGGCGAAAUCACAAAUAAACGAACAGCUCAAUUCUGACCGUUACGUCGAUGCCGAUAGUAAAUAUAUCGGAUAUAUAUAGCGAAAUAUAUACAAUGUGUAUAUACAAAGGAAGGGGGAUGCUAUAAUGCUUAUAUCUCAAGAAUGCCUGGACCGAUUUUGACAAAUUUUGUCAAUUUAGAAUGUCUUCUUGGCACCAAAAAAAAAAAAAAAAAAAACAUUUUAAAAAAAUUGCAUAAAAAGAUGCCAAUAAUGAUUUAAAUAUAGAUUUUGUAGUACUUUCUGACAUUUUUUUAUUUUUUCAUACUUUUUUAUCGCAUGCGAUUUUUUCAUUUUGACUUAUAAUAUUGAAGUGUACAUUUUGUAAUAUUUUUUUACCUUACAACACAGGUUGAGGUUAUUGUGUACAGAUUGCAAUUAUCGUCUAAUCCUCAAGAAAAUUUUCAUAAGUGCAGGGUUAGGCUCAAAUGGGUUAGGCCUAUUGGUUUUAAAGAUGUCCGCCAUAUAUUUGGUGGUUGAAAUGGACCAACAACUAAAAAUGUUCCUGAUUUUGCAACGGUUAUAAAGUUCACAAAUAGAAACCAAAGAACACGAAAUCUCUCAUGAGGUUAAAGUUUACGACAGCGGGUAGAAUGGACCACUACUUUUGUGUAAAAAAUACCAACAUUACUUACAGGCGAUAUCCGAAAUACACAAAAUUCGAAAUUCUGGUUUUUAUGCAGAAUUUUUUUUUGACGAAUAUAGCUAAAUAUCGUAGACAAGCAAAUCAUAUAUGUGAGACUAAAUUUUGAGAUACAGAGGGCCUCUUGCUUUUGGAGAUGAUCGGAAAAUAAUUAGAGGGUUCCGUGACAUAACUUUAAAAGCGAAAUAUUCCAAAAUGGAUUUGGAGAUAAGGGGGCUUCAAACAUAUUGUAGUGUUGUAGGGUAUCACAUGGUCGGCCCCGCACGACUAUAGCCUUUGCUUACUUGUUUGUAUUAUUUAUAUCUAUUUUCAACAUGCAAAGAAAAAAAAUUAUUCAAUUGUCAGUGUUGAAGUUGUUUAACUUUCGACAUUUCGUAUGUUCGACGUAUUUCGGCAACUUUUAUAUAAAUACAUGUGUUUAAUUUGUGUGGUAAAAAAUAGAUAACCGAGUGCGUUGAAUUUUAAGUAAAACUGUUACAAUUUGAGAUAAUUCAAUUAAAAAUCUAGAUAUAAUCAUCCAAAUAUCCUAUAUUGUGAGGUACCGUUAUAUGAGGGCUAUACGAACACGUGGAUCUGUAGAGGCAAUGGUCUGUCAUAAGAAGUAGUACCCAUUCCGAAUUCCAAAUUCCGAAUUUGAAACAAUUGUGUGUUAAAAAGUGUGACCCGAUUCAUCAAAAAAGGUUGGUGGGUAUAAAAAGUUACAUUUGGGAAAUUCUAUAAAUAUUUGUGUAUUUGGGUAAUACGGACGCACAAAACAUUUUACUAUAGUGAGGAAGAUCAAAAUUUUUUGUUCAGCAGGUUAGAUAUCAUGGUAGAAUGAAGAAGGUAAAAUCAUGCACUUAUAUGGGGAAAGUGUUCCUAAGUUCGGCAUGUCCGAGUAGUCGGUAGUUUUAAAAUUUAAAAUUAAAGAGCUAAGAACAGAAUUUACCAAAUAAUGAAAUUGACCAACUAAGAAUAAAACGUCAAGAGUGGUCUCUGCUCUCUUUCUUAAAAAAAAAACAAGUAAAAAAACAUUAAGUUCGACCGGGCCAAACUUUUAAUACCCUCCACCUUAGGGUAAAAGAAACAUUAGAAGAAAUGUGGCAAAAACCAUUAAAAUGCCGAUUAUGGGGAGGUACCGUUAUAUGGGGGCUAUACCAAAACGUGGACCUAUAAUUACAAUGUUUCGCCACCGGAGCUGGAACCCAUUAUGACCCACAAAUACCAAUUUUUAGACAAAUCAGUGAAAAAAAAUGUGGCAAAAACCAUCAAAAUACCGUAUAUCGGGAGGUACCGUUAUAUGGGGGCUAUAUCAAAUCAUGGACCCAUGCAUGCAAUGUUUCGCCACCGAAGCUGGAACCAAUUAUGACCAACAAAUACCAAUUUUCGAACAAAUCCCUGAAAAAAUGUGGCAAAAAUCAUCAAAUUACCGAAUAUCGGGAGGUACCGUUAUAUGGGGGCUAUACCAAAACGUGGACCUAUAAUUACAAUGUUUCGCCACCGGAGCUGGAACCCAUUAUGACCAACAAAUACCGAUUUUCAGACAAAUCCGUGAAAAAAUGUGGCAUAAAUCAUCAAAAUACCGAAUAUCGGGAGGUACCGUUAUAUGGGGACUAUACCAGAACGUGGACCGAUAUAUCUCAUACCAACCAUCCUAGACACAAUGCAAAUAGCUCUGCUAAAUUUUGGAGCUCUACGUCAAAUAAUGUGGGCUGUAUCGUGAUUUCAACAGACAGACGGACAGACAGACAGACAGACAGACGGACAUCUUUAUAUCGACUUAGAAUUUUAUGCUGAUUAUGAAUAUAUAUACUUUAUGGGGUCUAAAACGAAUAUUUAGGGAUGUUACAAACGGAAUGACAAAGUUAAUAUACCCUCCUUUCCAAGGUGGAGGGUAUAACAAUGAGCGCCGAUCAUUUAUUACGAGAGAAUAACGGGUUUCGUCAGUGAGUGUCUUCCAAAGCGUGCGAUAGUGCUUGUUUGUAAAGAAGAAAUUAGUGGUGGCGUCAACUUAAUAGUCGAUUUAAGUAAAUUAAAUUUAAUACUUUUGGAAUCAGAAAUAUUUUAUACUAGUAAAUAACAGUCUAAAGAUCAGUUUAUAACUUAAAACCAUACAAAUCAAGCACUUUUCUAUUAUAUUAUUUAAUGCCGACAUUGGGAACAGAAAUAAAGAGAUUUGCCAGUAGCCGACAGGGGGUGCCGAUUACUAGAAAAAUAUAAUUUUUGACCAAUUUCACCAAAACUUGAGAAAUGUAUUAAAAAAUAACCAAAAAAAUACUCAAAUAAAAAAAUUGUUUUGAGUCUGGCAAAAUAUACAUGCCGAGCAUCGGAAAAUGGUGCCGACAACUGGCAAAUAACUACUAUUUUAGUAAAAUUGCAAAUUUUUCCAAUAUAAUAAAAACAAAUUCAAUUUUUGUUUAUUAUUUCGAAAACUAUACAAAAUUUGGAAUCUGAACAACUUUAAUUUUCUGCAAUUGAAAGAUUUCACUCAGAAUCUUGAAAGAUUGAAAAAUCGAAAAUCCUAAAAGUGCCGACUACUUGUACACUUACCCUAUUAACAAUUUUUUUUUUCAAUAUUAUAAAUUUGACAACAUCUUAUUGUCAAAAUGUAUAUUUAAACAUCCAUUGCAUAUACACAAAUCAGAAAUGGGAAUCUGUUUUCUAUGUAGUGAAAAUUGAAAAGGUAAUUUACACAACAUGCAAAAAAUUACUUUACUUUCUCAAUUCUACUAUGGUCGGGUAUUAAGGCCUGUAAAAUACAAGGGUCUUGCGUACAAAAAUGCUCACCUUCUCACCAUAAUCAAGAACUUUGUACAGCCGUAUACCCAAGUUUGCAUGGGCGGUAGCUCAAUUCAAAUAAACCAAAGUUCAAAAACUGUUGAAAAAUAUUAAAAUUCUUUGACAAGGAAUUAAAUAUUCACAUGUUUCCAAUAUAUUUAUGUUGGCUGUAUUAAAAGUUUGAUUUGGCAAAAAGUUUGUAACACCGAGAAAUUUUUGUCUUAGAGCCGCGAUAUUAUAUAUCGAUCUUGAUAUAGCUCUGCGUGCCCGUCUAUCAAUGUUAAUUUGUAUUCUCACUAUUUUUUCUGAUUUAAUCAUUGGUAAUAAAAUGAAAUGACUUUACCUUCUUAAUUUUACCAUGCAUUCAACAGUGAAUAUUUUUCAUACUGAGAGUCACUUUCCGACGAAAUUACCGGUACAUAAAAGUGGCACAUCUGAUCCUCACAUUUAUGCUGACUUCGUGAACAAACAUAUAUUUAUAAUUAAAUUUUAUUUGACAUCCUAAAAAUUUGAUGCAUUGUUCUUGAACGAUAAAAGGCUUACAAAAUGUCAGCAAAGUAAGAAUAAACAUAGUAAUAUGAUAAAAAUACUUGAGUCAAAAAAAAUAAUAAAUUUGAAUGUAAAAAUUAAAUAUACCUGAUGUUUUCUAAGAUGGACUAUGUAGUGGUUAAUGGAAUUGUGGUGCCCCCAACAAACUGAUUUGAUGCAUUGCCGUUAAUGUUGACUGUCGCUGUCUUCGUAGAAGGUGCAGUCGGUAAACAUUGGAUAUAGCCGACGGUAAUUCCAUGACAUGCCAUGCUUUUUUGAGUCAGGGAUCCCAAGGGCUUUAAGGAGCCUACAAUCAUUGUACAAUUAUUUUAAGGUAACCUCAUUUUAAAGAAAGAUAUUCAACCCUGUUUUUUCUGUACUUUAUUUUUUCAAAUUUU